AUGCGAGCUCUUUUGAACCUAGCAGGGUUGGCCCUGUUUGCUGCGACAGCUUUGGCCAGCGUUCCACAGAUUGAGAUCAAGGGAUCCAAAUUCUUUUAUUCCAACAACGGAACCCAAUUCUUCAUCCGAGGCAUUGCCUAUCAAGAGGACUACAAUGCAGGAGGAGCCACCGGAACCGGACAAUCGAGCGAUGUGAACUACAAAGACCCUCUGGCCGACGGUUCUGUCUGCGAGCGAGACAUCCCAUACCUCUUGCAGCUGCGGACCAACGUCAUUCGCACCUAUGCAGUUGAUCCAACCAAGAAUCACGACGACUGCAUGGGAAAACUGGCCGAUGCCGGUAUCUAUGUGAUUGCUGAUCUUGCUGCCCCCGAUGUUUCCAUCGUCUCCGAUUCGCCCGCCUGGACCGUUGAUCAGUACAACCGGUACACUUCCGUCGUCGAUGCAUUCCACCAGUAUGACAAUGUGAUUGGAUUCUUUGCUGGAAAUGAGGUUGUAAAUCACAAGAAUCAGACCUCGUCCGCGGCCUUUGUCAAAGCAGCAACCCGUGACAUGAAGGCCUAUGUUAAGGCAAAGGGAUAUCGAAGCUCGUUGUCGUUCGGCUACGCAACCACCGAUUCACCUGACUUCCGAACAGAGCUGUCAGACUACCUCAACUGUGGUGAUCAGUCGAGUGCUAUUGACUUCUUCGGCUACAACAUCUACGAGUGGUGUGGCGACAACACGUUUGAAGCGUCCGGCUAUAAAAACCGCACCCAAGAGUACCAUGAUUAUUCAAUCCCCGUGUUUUUCUCUGAGUAUGGAUGCAAUACGGUCAAGCCUCGAAAGUUCAGCGACGUGCCUGUGUUAUUUGGCUCAGACAUGGACGAUGUCUGGAGUGGUGGAAUCAUCUACAUGUACUUCCAGAGCACUAAUGACUAUGGGCUUGUCUCAGCCGAAGGAAGCUCGGUAUCCACUGAGGAGGGCUUCAGUUACUAUUCCAAGGCGAUUGAAAGUGCCACUCCGACCGGAAUCAACAGUGGCAGUUACUCACCCACCAACUCGCCUCGCGCUUGUCCAACAGUCGAUGGCAAGUGGCAAGCUGCUUCAAGCCCACUCCCACCUUCUCCAAAUCAAGACCUGUGUUCUUGCAUGGUCAGCAGCCUUUCUUGCGUGGUCGCUGAUUCAGUUGAGAAGAAGCAGUACGGCCCCCUAUUUGGCACGGCAUGUGGAAACGACCAGAGCGCCUGUGAUGGUAUCUUGAGCAAUGCCUCCGCCGGAAACUUCGGUUCCUUCGCUGUGUGUGGAAGCAAAGAUCAACUUUCAUAUGUGUUCAACCGAUAUUAUCAGAACCAGAAGCAAAACAAGCAAGCUUGUGAUUUCAGCGGGGCCGCAACCCUGCAAUCUGCCAAGGACCCUACUGGGAACUGCAAGUCGCUCCUCAGCCAGGCUGGCGCAUCCGGAACAGGACAAGUCACCGGCGGCGGAGGUGGAGGCGCCAAAGCAACCACAUCAAAGGGUGCAGCUAUCUCUAUGCACACAUCGACAUCAAUUUCCUGGGGUCAUUACGCUAGUGUGGCUUAUCUUCUUGUCGCGACAAUUGCCUGGAUCUUCAUGCUUUGGCUUUAG